UUUCUGAAAAAUGUCAAUUAAAGAAAAGAUAUCUGUCAAUUUAUAAAUAUUAUACACUAUAUUUAUUUUUUUAAAUUUUUAGAAAAUUCAUUUACAUAAUGGGAUUUAGAUUUUCACAGACCUUUUGAAUAAAGAAUCCCUUUUAUGAUAAGAUAAUCCUACUCAAUUAACAAUAUAAAGAAACAUUUUUGGAUUUUAAAAAGAUAAAUAAAUAUAAUAAAGAAUGAAGCUAUUUUUAUUUAAUCUUAAUAUGUAUACUUAAUAAGUUAUCUGGGUUUUGAACCAUGGCAAUUAUUUUUGCUAAUAAUUUUUUAAAUAAUCAUUUUCAAUGGGGUAAAUAUUACCACAUUUUUGUGAGGCAAUCAGGUUGGACCCAUAAUUGAUUUCUAUUUAUGAUAAAUGAUUCUUUGAGGUAAGUGUAAAUUAUAUACAAAAUUAUAAGUGAGAGGUGAAAACCAUUGUGUGAUAAAAAAUUUGUUAAAAGAAUUGAUAAAUUUUUUAUUUCAUUAUUAGAUAAAUUUUAUAUAACAUCAAAUUUUCCAUAAUAUAUUUGGCCUUUUUUCUAAAUAUUUAUAGAAAUCUUGGGAGAAUGAACAGAUAAUCUAUUCCUCUCAUUUGAUUAUUGAUUUAAGAAAAGAUUUCAAUUAAAUGAAUUGACAAAGUGAUUCCAUAUACUGAAAUAUUGUUUAUUUUUGUUAACAAUAAAUUAAAUUUUUGGAUAUGGCUUGGGAAUAAUCUUUGAAACCUAUGAUGUGGUUUGGGUUUGGAUUUCCAUUAAACAUGAACUGGGCCUGAAAAUUAUUUUUACUUAUGACCUAGGCUGGAUGAAGAAAUCAAUGCCAGUGAAGGUCUCUAAUUUCAAUGAUUAAAAUAUAUCAUUUCUCAGACUUUAUUUGAAGAUAAAUGAAUGGGCAAAUCACAAAUAUGCCUGUUUUCAAUUAUUUGCAAAAUUUAUUAGGAUUGUUAAUUUAAAGAAACUAUGAUUUCAAAGCAUCAUACAUUUCUAAAAAUUGUUGGACACUAAGAAAUAAAGAAAUCAAUUGUGAAGUGUAUAAUGGAGGAAAUAUUGAUCCAUGAUUGUUUUGGCAUAAAUAACAAAAAAUAUUAUAUUUUUUGUGACCAUGCAUUAAGCUUACAUAUAAUAUAAUAGGAAUCUUUUAAGAAAACAUUAUCAAAAAUAUAAGUUAAUAGCUGAUAGUCCAUUAUGAAUGACUGGUAAUCAGAAUUUUCUUCUUUAUUCAAUGAUGGGUGCAUAAUAAAUUUCCUUUAUAUGAUGAUGAUUGAAUCAGUAAAUUUUUCAUUAUUUUUAUAAAAUAUGUUAAUAGAGUGUAUAUUUAUGAAUUUUAAUUUAAAAACAAUAAGGGUCUAGAAUAUAUUUUUUUGAUUAUAAAUUACAAAUACAAAUGAAUAAGAAUUUAUUUUAAAAGAUUUUAAUAUAUUUUUUAGAUUAAAAAUAUAAUACAAAUGAAUAAAAAUUUAUUGUGCACAUAUAUUAAAAUAUCUAAAUAUAUAUUUCUUUAAUAUAUUUUGUAAAACCACUGGAAAAUUUUAAAAUUACACCCUCAUUUAAACAAAUAUAAAUUUAAUUUCUGAAUCACACCUCAUAAGAUAGGAGAAUUUUAAGAUUCAGCCAUCCACCGUCAAAUAAAGGAUAAAAUUAUGAUUCUCCAUCAUUCUUGAUGGCCAUCAGUGAAUGCCAAGUAACAAAACAAUAUAUAAAGUCAAAUGUGACUAUAUUAAUUGUAAAACUUCUAAAAUAAGAAGUGACAAAAUAAAUAACCAUUAUAAACAUAAACAUCCUCAUGUCAAGUUAUCUGAUAUCAAAUUUACAAAGAUAGCUAUCAAAAAGGAUAAUAAUUGGGUAUCCUUAAAUAAAGAUAUUCCAUUCAAUAUCACAAAUGGGGUUGAAACCAAGUUACAAAAAAAAUCAAUAACAUCUUACUUCCAAAAACACAAAUCUUUUAUUGAAGAUUCCCAAAUUAUAUUAUCUCAUACAAUGCCCAGUUCCAGUGAUCUGCUGAUUUUGAAUAAUGAGCUCAAAUCUUUUACUGAAGAUUCCCAAAUUAUAUUAUCUCAUACAAUGCCCAGUUCCAGUGAUCUGGUGAUUUUGAAUGAUGAGCAUGAAUCUUUUAUUGAAGAUUCCCAAAUUAUAUUAUCUUCUCAUACAAUGCCCAGUUCCAGUGAUCUGCUGAUUUUGAAUAAUGAGCACAAAUCUUUUACUGAAGAUUCCCAAAUUAUAUUAUCUCAUACAAUGCCCAGUUCCAGUGAUCUGGUGAUUUUGAAUGAUGAGCAUGAAUCUUUUAUUGAAGAUUCCCAAAUUAUAUUAUCUUCUCAUACAAUGCCCAGUUCCAGUGAUCUGCUGAUUUUGAAUAAUGAGCACAAAUCUUUUACUGAAGAUUCCCAAAUUAUAUUAUCUUCUCAUACAAUGCCCAGUUCCAGUGAUCUGCUGAUUUUGAAUGAUGAGCAAACACACAAAGUUAUUGAAAAUUCCCCAAUUAUAUCUUUUUUUCAUCCAAUUAUCAAUCCCAAUGCAAGCCAAAAUAUUUCAAACAUUAAAGGCCCAAAUAUUAUUCAAUUAUAUAAAAAAAAGGAGCCUAAUGACCCUUUUCAUUUCAUAUUCUUUAGAAUGACAAAUAUCUUGAUUAAUUUCAUAAUUUCCAUAGGCCCAUGUCAGCCAUGUUCAAAUAUAUUUCAAUAUCCUGUUACUCACAAAAGGAGCAUGAAUAUAUCCUAUUAUAAAAAGGUUAAUAUUGAUGGUUCCCUCAAACCAAGAAAUUGGUUAUCCUAUAGCACCACUUUAGACAAAGUCUUUUGUCUUUAUUGUCUUAUGUUUGGUGGCCCUAAAUCCAAUACUUUUUGGACUCAACUUGGAGUAAAUAAUUGGAAAAAUUUUAAGCGUGACUUAGAGAGACAUGAGUCAUCUUCUAUUCAUAAGGAUUGUGAAUACACCAACAUGACUUGGCUUGCAAAUAAGCGUAUUCAAGAUCAUUUUCUAUCAAAUAGGCUUGAUAUAAUAAUGGAAAAUCGUAAUAUAGUUCAUAAUAUUAUUGAUGCCAUUAUAUACCUUAUAAAAUGUAACAUAGCCUUUUGGGGCACUAAUUCGAAUGAAGGUAAUUUUAUGUGCCUCAUAAAAUUAAUGGCAAAAACGGUUCCAACUUUACGGGCAUACAUUGAUAACAACGAAAAAUUGAGGAGAAAAAAAUCAGAUAAAAUUUCAAGACCUUAUAUAAAUUUAUUGUCAUAUGGCCAUGUGAAAAAAAUUAUUGAAGUCAUUAAGAUAAAAAUAAUAAAAUGUAUUAUUCAAAAAAUUAAAGAGAAUUGUGCCUAUAGCAUCAUAUUAGAUGGAACAUAUGAUGUGUCUAAAAAAGAAUGCAUUGCUUUACUUGUAAGAUAUAUAGAAGAUGAUCCGCAUCCACAUCCUGUAGAAAGGAUCAUCCAUGUUUUUACAACAUCAGAAACCACCGGGGAAAAUAUAAAGAAACAUGUUUUUUCUAAGUUCAAAGAUCUUGGUCUUCCUCUUGAUUAUAUGGUUGGGCAAAGUAUGGAUGGUGCAGGGAAUAUGAGAGGAGUAUACAAAGGAAUGCAGGCUUUAAUAUUGAAAGAGGCUCCAAAAGCCAUAUAUAUUUGGUGCCAUGCACAUAGGCUCAAUUUAGUAGUUGCUCAUGUUUGUGGAUGCAAAAUAGAAAUGAAAAAGGUAAUGGGAAUAUUGGAUGAGUUAUAUAAUUUCAUGAAUGGGGUAAGACGUCAAGGAGUGUUUGUUAAAUAUCAAAUGACAAAGUCUAAAAAAUCUCUUAAAAGAAUAAAAAAUACAACAAGAAAUUGGUCAUCAUCUUAUAAAGCUGUAGAAAUUUUUUUAGAUGUUUAUGAACAUAUUAUAGCAUCAUUAAAUGAAUUAAAAGAUUCUAAUGACCCAAGCACCUCUUCUAUUGCCGAUGGAUUAUUAACAAGAAUUAAGGAUGAAGAUUUCAUAUUAAGUCUAUUUAUUUUGAAAGAAAUAUUGAAAUGCACACAUGAGGCUUGUAUUGAAAUGCAGGCAGUUGGUAAUGAUUUGGCUAUGGUAACUAAAUUAAUACAACACACAAAAAAUAAAUUACAAAGACUAAGAGCUAAUGGGGAUAAUAUUUUUUUAAAAUUGCAUUCCUUAUCUAACAGUUAUUUGAAAAAGAAUAAUGUUACAACGGAAUUGCAUAAUAUAAAAUCAAUAUUCAAAUUUGAUCAAACAGCAUUCAAUAAUUAUGUUAAACAAAAAAAAAACAAAUAUAAAAGGGAAAUAUUUUUCCCUGUGCUUGAUACAAUCAUUAAUGAUUUAAAUGAAAGAUUUAAUUAUGAUUGUUUAAAUUUUUUAUCUCAAAUAUCUCUUUUUACACCAGCUGGAAUUAUAGCCAAUGAUAGAAUAGAAGGGUGGCAAAUAUCUCAAAUUUGUCAUACUUACCAAUUAAAUGCUCAAGAUAUUGCUCGUGAAUAUAAUGAUUUUCGAUCUUUAUAUUUGGAUUCACAAGCAAUCAUUUAUUGCAAGGAUCUUUUGAAAAUAAAAAAGAAUGAUGGGUUAUAUAUUGAUGAAAGUAUUGUAAACGAUGAAACCGAGGAAGAUAUCAAUAACGAUAACAUAAUUAAUACAAAAAAAUGGAUAAAAUAUUCAUUUAUACUACCAUAUCGUCUUUUAAAUAAAUUAAAUUCUUAUUCUAAUUUAUAUUUAUUAUAUAAAUAUUUAUUGACUCUACCAACUACUUCUUGUUCUGCCGAAAGAGUGAUGAGCAAAGUCAAAAUAAAUAAAACUAGAAUGCGGAAUAAAAUUUCUGACCCCUUUUUAGAAAAUUUACUUCUAAUAUCCAGCGAAAUUGAUGUUUUUGAAAGAUUUAAAAUAGACGACAUUAUAACGCGAUUUGCAUCUACGUCUAAAAGAUUAACUAAAUUAUUAAUAAAAUAAGUUAUAUCUUUUUCACAGCUAAUUAUAUACGCCUUUUUAAUAAUGUAAAUUUAAUUUAAUAGUUUUUUAUAUCAUUCUAGUCCGGUGCAUAAUAUAAUACUAUAUUCAUUUUAUUUAAAUAUUUUAUAAUAGUUAUAUUUACAUAAAUGUUUUUAUAAUUCCAGUGCAAAAUAUAUUAUAUUCAUUUUAUUUUAAUAUUUUAUAUAAAACUUAUAUUUACAUAGAUGUUUUUAUAAUUCCAGUGCAACUAUAUUCAUUUUUUUCUCAUAUUUUAUAUAAAAGUUAUAUUUACAUAAAAAAAUUUAUAUUUCCAGUGCAAAAUAUACUCUAUUCAUUUUAUAUUUUAUAUAAUAGUUAUAUUUACAUAAAUGUUUUUAUAAUUCUUGUGCAAAAUAUACUAUAUUCUUUAUUCUAAUAUUUUAUAUAAAAGUUAUAUUUACAUAAAAAUUUUUUUUAUAUAAUAGUUAUAUCUAUAUGAAUGUUUUUAAUUAAUAUAAAGGCAUUAGUAUUUAUAGAAUCAAGCUAUACCUCUUUAAAAUUACUCAUUUUGUUUUUUUUACUUAAUAUAAAGGUAUUAGUAAUUAUAGAAUCAAGCUAUACCUCUUUAAAAUUACUCAUCUUAUAUUUUUUUACUAAAUUUUUGAUAUUUUUUUAUAGUAAUGUAAAUAUGUUAUCUCAUUU